ACUACAACUGUGUGCGGUUUACCAGUACAUUGUUCCCACGCUCCAUUGCCCAGGAUGGCGAGCUCAGAAUCCGCACCCGCAACAUACAAGCAACCCUCCCGCAAGGGCAAGAAGGCCUGGCGUAAGAACGUCGAUGUCACGCAAAUCACCUCCGGCCUCGAAGAAGUGCGAGAGCAGAUAGUCCAAGGAGGCGUCAUCGCCGAAAAAACCUCCGCCGAGCUCUUCGCAGUCGACACCACCGGCUCCACCGCCAUCCAAAAACAAGUCGCAAAGCGCCACCCCAAGCCCCUCAAAGUCGACGAGAUCCUCGCUCAGCGCUCUGCCGUCCCCGCAGUAUCCACUCGCAAACGCCUCAGCGACUUCGAAACAGCCUCAAAAAGCAAGAAACGCAAAGUAUCUCGCAAGGAACUCGAUAAGCUACGCGCAAUAGCGUACGGCGGUGAUCAGGUGAAGAAGGACGUUGUGCAGACUGGCGACGCCCCGGACCAUGAUCCCUGGGCUGUGCAAGAGGAGAAGAAAGAUCCCAAGUUUUCGUUUCUGGAGGAGAAGAAGCCGAAGAAGGAACCUGUGACGCUGAAACAUGCACCGAUCUCGCUCGCGAAGAACGGGAAAGCGCUUCCUGCGGUUCGGAAACCCGAGGCAGGGAAGAGUUAUAAUCCCUUGUUGGAGGACUGGGCGAAUUUGAUUGAGAGGGAGGGUGCUAAGGAGGUGGAGGCUGAGAAGAAGCGGUUGGCGGAGGCGCGGGAGGAGGCGGAGAGGAUUGAGAGGGCGCUCAAGGCGGCCGAGGAGGAGGAGAAGGAGGACGAUGAUGCCGAGAGUGCGUGGGAGAGUGAGUGGGAAGGUUUCAGUGAGGACGACGGGACGGUGAAGAAGAAGAGACCCGAGAGGAAGACGCAGGCGCAGAGGAAUAAAAUUAAGCGGAGAAAGGAGGCAGAGCGGAAAGCGCUGCAUGAGGCGAAGAUGAAGGAGAAGGAAAGGCAGGCGGAACGGAUUAAGGAGUUGGCGAAGUCGGUGGAGGAGAAGGAGAAGGCUAGAGCGGCUGCGGCCCAGGUUGCUCUCAUUGCAAAGGAAGAUCUCUCGUCUGACGAGGCUGAAGAAGUACUACGGAGAAAGGGAUUUGGCAAGGCGCCGAUUCCUGAAGCACCCCUUGAAGUCGUCCUCGCCGACGAACUGCAAGACUCGCUCCGCCGUCUCAAGCCAGAAGGUAAUCUCCUGAAAGAUCGUUUCCGCAGCAUGAUCAUCCGCGGCAAGGUCGAGUCACGCAAACAAAUUUCGCAUGCGAAGAAGCCAAAGGUCAAGGUCACGGAGAAAUGGUCGUACAAGGACUGGAGUUUGGAUAAGGUGAAAUAGACAGCAACACUCUGGUGCAUUUCCUCGGCGUUUCGGGGUGUAGGCAUUUCUUUAGUUAAGCUCAUCGAAUUCCAGAUGGGGAGCCG